AGCAGCGGCAGCAGCAGUAGCGCUUUGCUCUAUUUCUUCCUCUCUUUGUUUUGAACUUCCCCAAAACCCGCCCCUGCGAAUCCCAAACCAACCACUGAUUUGAAUUCAUUUCUCCGCCGCCAGCUUCAGUGGCAGUUUAGACACCGCUUCAUCUGUUAUUGGAAUGCUUUAUUACUGAAAGAUUUGAGGCAUUGGGAUGUAGACAUGGUCACUCUUACUGAGUCGAGGAUAUGCAGCAGGUGAACUGAAAACAGUAGACAAACAGUCUAGAAAGUGCCAUUAUUGGAGCAUGGAUAUGGAAGGCCAUGCUGAUAAUACGAAGCUGAAGCCAUCUGUUAUUUUAACUGGAACAGCCAAGGAAGGUAGUUCUGGCCCUCCGAUCGGUCUUGUUGAUAUUGGCGUGAGCGAAGGUGCAUACCUUUUCCGCGUUGCACUCCCUGGUGUACGAAAGGAUCAAAGUAAAGUUAAAUGUGAGAUCAAGUGCGAUGGUAAGGUUCAGAUUGAAGGAGUGAUGACAAGUCCAAGCGUUUUAAAAGAAUCAUCAGCUAUGUACCAGAUGAAAGUCCAGCAACUUUGCCCUCCGGGUCCUUUUACGGUUUCUUUUAAGCUUCCGGGACCGGUUGAUCCGCGAUUGUCUUCUCCUACUUUCCGGCCUGAUGGCAUUCUGGAAGUGGUGGUUAUGAAGUCCAGAGCACCUAGCUGAUUCUCACACACCACAGUGAGUUUGAUGGAGGGAGGUACAUGGUUUUUGCUAUCUCCUUUUGAAUUUACCCAAAGAACUCACUAAUUAUGACAAUGACAAAUUUUCUUUGGGAAUAAAUUACUUGCUAGGUUUCUAUCUUUA